GUCAGGCACCGGAUUUGCUUUCCGUUAUCCUGACUCAGUCACAGCUCUGAAUGCACAGCAAAUCUCACAUAACACCAACAGGCUUGCUUCACACUUUACGGGGACGUUAGCCCGGCUUGGAAGGAUUCCCGUCAUCCUCCCCUCUGCCCUCAGAGCUGCACUUCCCUGGCAGACAGACGCCUUCUUAUUCCCCCUUUGCUUGCAGGACAGAGGGCUUCGCUCUGCUGUCUCUUCCUGCAGGGAGGCUAGACGCUCAAAUAAGAGACUCGCCCGCAAGCGCAAACUGGGAUGAUGGAUGGAAAUAUCAUUUGUUUUCACCGCAGGUUUCAGGCAUGUCAUCUCAGGAGCGUGACACAGACAAAGAGUUUAGUGACAGGCCUGUACGGACUGGGGCUGGGCUCCUGGAGGGACAUUGCGGUGCCCGUCCGUCACCAGCACACGGGCACAUUCUACUGUCUCACGCGGACGGAGGGGACUGUUCACGGUUUUUCCGGGGCAGAGGAGUCUGGGACGGACCAGCACCUCUGUUGCUGAAGCUCAGAGCUCUCCACACCUUUAGCUAUCAGGAGAACUGGUGUCAUGCUGGGAUACGUGCGGGAGAUCGGGCGAGUGGACGAGGCUGCCAGUUCCCCGCCAGCCCAGCGGACACGGUAAUAGCGUACGUCACCAUGGAGUACCCGACUGGGCGUCACGUCCGCGGAAACACCUGAAGCGAUCCGGCAGGAGGACGAGCGGCUUGAGUUUGAAGGCGACAACAUCUCCCUGUCCGCACCCGGCCAGAACUCGCUGUCUCCCACGGCAACUGGGAGGCACAUCAGUCACAGACUCGACUUAUCGAUCACAGAUAUGGCUAAAACUACAGAGCAACUCAACCUGUCCUUUCUUAUGGAGAAUGAGCGGGAGGUCAUUCUGAAGGUCCUCCAGAAGGAUGAGAAACUACGGAAACUCGAGGAGAAGAGGAUAAGGAAACUGAAGAACGAGCUGUUAGAGAUGAAGCGCAAGGGCCGCCGGCGCCACCAGGAGGAGGGCGAGCGGCAGUGCAUGCGCUGUCAGCGGUCGCUGGGCCUGGUGUUCGAGCGGGGCGAGGUGUGUGAGGACUGCCAGCAACGUGUGUGCAGCUCCUGCCGCAUGCCACUGGCUAAAGGCAGGUGGCGCUGUGCCGUAUGUGCCAAGAUCCUGGAGCUGAAGGUGGUGACGGGCGAGUGGUUCCUGGAGGAGCGGGCCAAGCGCUUCUCGCAUGGCAACGUCCUGAGCAGUGACGUGGUGAAGCAGACCAUCCUCAGCAGUCCUCCAGCAGACCAAAAGGUGGACCACGUGAAAUCGCAGCCUGACUUGAGGCUGGAAGACAGACCGAACACGCCGACGUCAGGCAGACAGGCCCUGCGGAAUGCCCUGAAAAGCGCAAGGCAGGGGAUGAACCUAGAUAAGAGGAAUGGCCGGGGAGUACUGAAGGCAGAGGUGGGGUCCGAUCUGGCUGAGGACUCCAGGAGCAUGGGCUCGAACCCAGAUCUGAACGCCCCCAGCGUGCACAGCGCCCGCUCCACACCCCGCUCGCAACACAGGGGGGGCAUCAUGGCUGUGGAGUCCACCGGAUUGCCAGCAAUACCCAACAACCUGCGGCUCCGGGCCAUCGGCAGGUCUCCCAGCCCCAGCAACCGCAGCACUGCCUCUGGGGCCAGCAGACGGCCGGACGGUGCCGAGAGCGUGGCCAGCUUCCACGCCAGUGAGAGCGUCCCAGACAAGAUGGCUGCCAGGCACCCCAGGGCCGAGUCGACGGCCCCCAGCAUCUCCGUGUCCAGAGCCUCACUCUCCUCAGAUCGCAGCCGAUCUGAGGUGGACCUCACUGGUCCUUCUGCAGAGCUUGGUGGAGAUUCUCUGAGCCUGCGGAGCCGCUCUGUUCCCGGGGAACUGAACGAUCCUGACUAUGAUGAGAGGGAAGAAAACGUCGACGCCCUGAUGUCCGAGUACAACCUGGCGACCCACAGGCACAUGAGCAGCGCCCUGUCUACAUCCACUCCACCGGGCUCAGAGAGGAAAUGGUCCCAUCUGAAUGUUCCGGACUCAGACGCUGAAACCAGCAGCCUCAACAGCAUGAUGAGUGUUUACAGCGACACCGGGGACUAUGACCACGCCAUCAUCAGCGGGGAGAUACUGCUGAACAUCUCCUACAGCUACAAGACGGGAGCACUGAACGUGCUGGUGAAGGAAUGUCGCAACCUGGCCGUCGGCGACGAGAGGAAGCAGCGCACUGACCCCUAUGUCAAGACGUACCUGCUGCCGGAUAAAUCCCGCCAGAAUAAGAGGAAAUCCAGCAUCCGGACCAAUACCACCGAUCCGGUGUUCAACGAGACCCUGAAGUAUGUAAUCAGCCAUUCACAGCUGGAGAUGCGGACGCUUCAGCUCUCUGUGUGGCACAAUGACCGCUUCGGGCACAACCGCUUCCUGGGCGAGGUAGAGGUACCUUUCGACUCCUGGGACUUUGAGAAGCAGAUGGAGGAGUGGUUCCCUCUACAGCCUAAGGCGGACAGUGGACCAGACACCUCAUUUCAAUAUAAAGGAGAGCUCACUGUAGUUCUUAAGUACAUUCCAGCUGAGAAGAACCUCAUGCUACCUCUAGACCAGGUGCAGGUUAAGAAAGGGUUUUUGAAAGGAAAGAAGUCCAACAUCAAGCUGCCCCAAGGUGGAAUGGUGGAACUUCUUGUCAAGGAGGCUAAGAAUCUAACAGCUGUUAAAUCCGGAGGGACAUCAGAUGCUUUCGUCAAAGGUUACCUCCUCCCAGACAAUAACAAGUCAACGAAGCACAAGACAGCCGUGGUGAAGAAGAGCCUAAACCCGAAGUGGAACCAUACCUUCACGUACUGUGGCCUGCAGCCCAGCGACCUCAACAACGUCUGCCUGGAGCUCACAGUCUGGGACAAGGAGUCCCUCUCCAGCAACGUGUUCCUGGGGGGUGUGAGGCUUUGUGCCGGUACCGGUCUGAGCUAUGGCAAGGAGGUUGACUGGAUGGACUCCUACGGGGAGGAACAGCGGCUAUGGCAACGCAUGAUUGACAACCCGGAGGUCCCACAGGAGUGCACUCUGAUGCUGAGGUCCAACAUGGGCAAGCACAAGGACUGAGAGACUACAUAAGACCUCCUGUCUCAAUGAAAGCCAACGGUUACCCAGGACAGCCCCAAGCUCCGCAGCUCCAGGCAAUGGAAGACUGUGUAUUUGCAUGGUUAGCUUUGGGAAAACUUGACCGAGGAUGUCAGCACUGAUUCUACUGCAAAAAGACUAUGCAUACUGGAACCCGCCCACGCACACGUGUGUGUACGUGCGACUGGGAAACGUACCAAACCGAACACAUAGAGCAGAAUGAAUAACUUACCUUCGGAAUCAGAACAAUGGACAAAAUCCAGUCCACAAUGCUCCAUUGAUGGAGCUCUAGCUACAAUAUACAUACAGUUACCAAGGGGCCCCGAAUGACCUGCGUUGCCGAGGAAGUGAAAUGAUCAUGAUGUUCUUGGUGGGGGGGGGAGGGGGGCUCCCAAGUAAAACUUCACCUAGGGCCCCUGAAUAGGCAGAGCCCACCGUGGUUCUAACAAAAAAGCAAUAUGCACACCACAUACACAGUGAAGAUUUAUAGCCCCAUGUCUGUGUUUACGCUAUUCUUAAAAGUGUAUAAUUUUUGGACAUACAAUACAAAGGAAAAACAUAAUUAAAAAGACAUACUUUAUCGAUCCCAGGGGUUGACAGAUUCAAACCGGCAGCCUGAGCUAUCGAAGGCACAUUUGAAAUUAUUGCUUUGACGCGGACGCUAACUGGAUAACGGGGUAGACAGACGGCUGGAUGACUGGGUGUGUAUUUUUGGGCGAGUUUGGGUAUUUCGAUUGUUUAACUGAUGCACAGGCAUCACCUAUGCUUCUUACAGAGUUUGAGUCGAAAUUGAUUGAGUUAAAAUGUUUGAGUUAAAAAAAAACAUGUCAUUACAUCAGAACAACAAGAUAGUUUGCAAAAAUAUACUGUAACCCUGAAUUACAGAUGGAUAUUAGCCUGCAUUUGCUUAGCUGCCGCUGCCGCCAUCCAAACGGGACGUAUGUCACCAUUGUAGCGAAAAUGCAAUACAAGAUCCAUGCAGCCAAGAGUAGGCACUGACAAUAACUCACUAGUGAGCAGUGUGCAUUUCACGCAACUAAAACAAAGUCAUUAGAGCUAGCUAUUUAGCUAAGUAUGUGGCAAAAAUAGUUCAGCAAGAUAGACAGUGCAUAUCUAUCUAUGUUUAGAUGUCAGUCUAGAUCAUAGCUAUUUCAGUUCAAGCACAGAGCUAGGGCACAGUUUUUAGUAUAGAUCUAUAGUAGAGAUUUUAGUAUAGAUAGUUUUUAGUAUAGAUCUAGAUCGUAGUUAUCUAGCAGGCUUUGAAUAAACGUAUUUUUACACAUUUAGAAUAAACAUCACAAUGGCAAUACAAGACGAGAUGGGGGCGGAUAGUGAGACAUCUCCAUUUGGGGAGGCAGAAAGGGUGAAGUUGGUACGUUCGAUGGACGUAUAAUGUACCAAACGUCACCGAGCGAAGGCUGGAGCUGCAGCUUCUGCCUUUUCUAAUGGAUUUAUCUGUUUUACUCCUGACUUAGUUACUAAUUCUUUUCUCCAUGGCAACAGUAUUAUCUUGAAUCAGCUUUAUGUAGAGUAGCGCCGGGGUAACUGUGUGAGCCUAAUUAAUCACAAGGGAGCCCAGUGUUCAGCAGAAAUGAGCAAUCCUUACUAAUAUACAAAAUACACGUUUCUUACACAUGAAGUUAAUUUAUAUUUUUAUAAUGGAAUCAAAACUUUUCAUAUGUUAAACUCUUGGCUAUCAGAUGCAAAUCUGUGAAAUUCUUAAAGGUGAGAACAGCUGUUGAAGAGAUGGUGGAGCUUUG